GGGUCCUUGCCCGCCAGAAAAGAAGAGCUUUUGAUCAUAGGCAUCAUAUGAUUUGGUCCAUAAAAAAAUCACAGCUACACUCUCACUAAUCCCGCCAUGGCUGAUGAUUAAGAGCUUCGUUGUGCUUCACACUGAUUGUUCAUCUUUUUAUGACUGAGCAAUCCAUCCAUGAUUUUGGCUUCCAGGAAUUUCCCUAUUGCGAUUGUUUGGACUGCUCAGCUUCUUAGGUUUUUGCUGUCAUUUGAAAACAGAGCAUUUCAUGGCUGUCUCUGCUGCUGAUGGUCCCUGAAACCCUCAUCAGCUUCACUGUUUCUUCUCAGUAGUUCAUCUCUGCUCUGUUUUCUUGCUUCUGCUGGAUUUUUAACACUUGGGUUCUUUGGUAGUUGAUUUCGAGAUUUUCUUGUCGAUUUUGAAGAAGCAAAAUGAGUGGUUCUGUCUUGGUGGCUGUUGCUGCUGCUGUUGGGAACUUGUUGCAAGGAUGGGAUAAUGCGACUAUCGCAGGGGCCGUCCUGUACAUUAAAAAGGAAUUCAACCUUGAAAGUAGCCCCACUGUAGAAGGGCUGAUUGUGGCCACGUCCCUUAUCGGAGCCACCGUGAUCACGACAUGCUCCGGGGCAAUAUCAGAUUGGCUUGGCCGCCGGUUGCUUCUCAUUCUAUCAUCUGUUCUUUACUUCAUCAGUGGCAUUGUAAUGCUGUGGUCUCCCAAUGUAUAUAUCCUUCUUUUAGGCAGGCUUUUGGAUGGUUUUGGAAUAGGUUUGGCUGUUACGCUGGUUCCAGUUUACAUAUCUGAGACUGCUCCCCCUGAAAUUAGAGGAUCAUUAAACACACUUCCUCAGUUCACUGGUUCUGCUGGAAUGUUUUUCUCAUACUGCAUGGUUUUUGGGAUGUCUUUAAUGGAAUCCCCAAGUUGGAGAUUAAUGCUUGGGGUUCUCUUUAUUCCUUCACUUAUAUAUUUAGUACUGACAAUAUUUUUCUUGCCUGAGUCACCUCGUUGGCUUGUCAGUAAAGGCCGAAUGCUCGAGGCCAAACGCGUACUGCAGAGGCUUCGAGGCAGGGAGGAUGUAUCUGGUGAACUGGCUUUACUUGUUGAGGGUCUUGGAGUUGGGGGUGAAACCUCUUUUGAGGAAUACAUAAUUGGUCCUGCAGACGACCUUGCUGACCAAGAUAUAUCGACCGACAAAGAUGAAAUCAAGUUAUAUGGACCUGAACAAGGACUCUCUUGGGUUGCUAGGCCGGUUACAGGGCAGAGUUCUAUUGGGCUAGUGUCUCGGAAUGGAAGCAUUAUAAAUCAGAGUGGUUUUGUCGAUCCUCUAGUCACUCUCUUUGGCAGUGUUCAUGAGAAGCUCCCCGAUACAGGAAGCAUGCGCAGUACACUCUUUCCACAUUUCGGAAGCAUGUUCAGCGUUGGAGGUAACCAACCUAGAAAUGAGGAGUGGGACGAAGAGAGCCUUGCCAGAGAGGGUGAGGACUAUCAGUCAGAUGCUGGUGGUGGUGAUUCUGAUGAUAACAUACGGAGUCCACUGAUGUCACGACAAACAACGAGCAUGGAGAAAGACAUGAUCGCACCCGCUCAUGGCAGUCUUUCCAGCAUGAGACAGGGUAGUCUUGCUGGAGAUCCUGUUGGAAGUAUGGGGAUUGGUGGUGGUUGGCAGCUUGCUUGGAAAUGGUCUGAGAAAGAAGGCCCGGAUGGAAAGAAGAAAGAGGGUUUUAAACGAGUUUAUUUGCACCAAGAAGGCGUUUCUGAACCGCAGCGAGGAUCCAUAGUCUCUAUUCCUGGUGGUUAUGCGCCAACUGAUGGUGGCUAUGUUCAAGCUGCUGCUUUGGUGAGCCAACCGGCUCUUUACUCCAAAGAGCUUAUGCAUCAACAUCCAGUUGGACCAGCUAUGGUCCAUCCGACUGAAACCGCGACAAAAGGCCCAGUUUGGCACGACCUUUUCGAACCCGGAGUCAAACAUGCUCUGCUCGUUGGUGUGGGAAUUCAAAUACUUCAGCAGUUCUCUGGCAUCAAUGGAGUUUUGUAUUACACACCUCAAAUUCUUGAGAAAGCAGGCGUUGGAGUUCUUCUCUCAAACUUGGGUAUUGGCUCUUCUUCUGCAUCUUUGCUGAUUAGCGCCCUGACGACAUUGUUGAUGCUCCCUUCAAUCGCCGUGGCCAUGAGACUGAUGGACAUCUCGGGUCGUAGGACUCUACUACUGUUCACCAUCCCUGCCUUGAUAUCAUCCCUCAUCAUCCUAGUAAUCGGCAGCCUAGUGCACAUGGGCAGCGUAGCAAAUGCAUCAAUCUCGACCGUCAGUGUAGUUGUUUACUUCUGUUUCUUCGUGAUGGGGUUCGGGCCAAUCCCAAACAUACUAUGCGCAGAAAUCUUCCCAACCCGGGUCCGUGGCCUAUGCAUUGCAAUUUGUGCACUAACAUUUUGGAUUGGCGAUAUCAUUGUCACAUAUACACUACCCGUGUUGCUCAACUCAAUCGGGCUAGCAGGCGUUUUCGGUAUGUAUGCAGUUGUUUGCAGCAUAUCAUGGGUGUUCGUCUUUCUAAAAGUUCCAGAAACAAAGGGCAUGCCACUUGAAGUCAUCACUGAAUUCUUCUCUGUUGGCGCCAAACAGGUUAUAGCUGCUAAAAAUAGUUGAAAUUCAUCAUAUACACACAGAUUCAUUUUUUUUCUUCUAAUGUUUGAUAUUUUUGGUUGGAUUUGAUGAUCUUUGAAAGUUGAGUUUAGUUUCUGUAAAGGGUAUUGUGUUUCUCCUCUCUCCCCAUUUUACGAUUAUGCCAUUUUUGGAGACGGUGAUCGUCCGAGUUCUAAAUCCAAAGUCAUGUUUCGACGA